AUACAACCAUAUAAAGAGCAGAGCAAUGAUACAAAAAGUUUAUCACCAAAUAACCGCAUAGACUGCUCCUUAUUGCUCAGAUAGCAGCUUCGAUAACCGUCGGUAACCGUUUAAAGUGAUGGGAGGGAUAAAUGAGAGGAACUUACCGAGCAGACAGCCUUACAGCUCAUUAUAACACUGAUAAUCUUUCACUUUCGGUAUCAGUCCGGACGGUAAAGAAGAGCCUGACACAAAUAGAACCAGCUGCUUGAACAUUAGAGAGAAAAAAGCUUUAAAUCUGGAUGAAAUGUCUCUCUAGAACUACGCUUUUCUGAGGCGAUAUUUUACUUCCGGGUUUCACCAAAGAGGGGAAGUUGUUUGGACUACAAACAGGACGACACGAAUCACCAUGAACAUUCAGGAACAGGAUUCACCAGCGAAGCAAUAUGACCCACUUGACCAAACGCUGAAGUUUGUUAACAGGGAAGACGAAGUUGUUCCAGGGUCCUCCGAUUCUUCCUCUCUCAGAGCUGAAAUGUCCUGCGGCCAUGCAGUCACCCCUGAUUCCCUAACAAUUUGGUGUAAAAACUUGCUGAAGCAAGGGCAAAAUAAGUUCCGAUGUCCUGCAGUGGUGGAGGGCACCAAACAGUGCAAUAAACUGUGGUCGUACCAGGAAGUGCGCAGACUGGCUGAUCUCAAUGUUGAUGAGAUGCUGUAUUUUGAGCAGGAGAUGGCCAACCUGUCUGUUUCAGAGUACUGUGAGGUUCAGUCGUGUCCAAAGUGUAAAACCAGCGUGGAGAGGGAGGAUCCAUCCAACCUGUGUGUCCAGUGUGUGGUCUGUACAGCUGACCAGAAGGAGAUCUACCAGUUCUGUUGGCAAUGCUUAAGAGACUGGAAAGGUCCGGGGCCUCGAUCCGAUCGCUGCGACAAUGCUGACUGCAUCAACAGGGACCUCCAGCUCCUGCAAACCUGCAAAUUCAUCAGCCUCCCUGAUGUGGUGGGUGUGAGCAGCUGCCCCUCAGUCCGAGCCUGUCCUGUGUGCGGCGCCAAGGUGGAACACGACCAGAAGUACUGCAAAAACGUGACGUGUCCUCGCUGCCAGACCACGUUCUGUUUUGUUUGCCUGAAGCUAAAGACUGAGUGCAUUAAGACCAGUUCGCCAUAUGAGAUGUGUCGCAGCGGUGUGGCUCCGAGACAGACCUACAUCCCUGUGUGGAGGAAAUGAUGGCAGGAAAAAUAAACUAGAAUUAUAUAGGAGAGUUUUAUCUAGAUCCAAACAUCAGAAAUGUUCAAUUCAAUGCUAAAUAGACUGAUAUGUAAAGAAAAUAUAUGUUUUCUAGGGGUACAUUUCAUCUUUAACAGUUUACUUACAAUACAUUUAUCUAAAUAACAUGUUAAAUUACUUAAAAGUUUACAUAAAUAAAUUGUUUAAAAAUGUUGAGCAUUAAGUUGUAUUUCUUAUCUGAAAGGUUAUUAAAUCUCAGGCUUCUUGGGUCCCAGGUAUACUAAGAGGUUUGCUCAUAUUUCUAAUUUUUAAAAGCUUAACUAAGCUGUUAGAAAUUAUGCAAAGUAAUAUGCAUCUUACAUCUUCUUUAGCUCAGAUCUUUUAUUUUUUGGCGUAUUAUUUUUAGUCUUUAAACUUUUUCAAGAUGUAAUUUUAUUAACUGUAUUCUCUUAUAGCUUCUUUUGUCUGGAGAUCUUUAUAGAAACUUUUAAUAGAGGCCUAUGGAGCCUGGAUCACUGUAAAACAAACUGAUAAGAAAAAAUAUUUUAUUAUAACAGGCAUUUGACUUCUAAACUCCCCAUAGCAUAGCUGUUUUUUUAUUGUGCUAUCUUGUAAUAUUUUUGUGUUUUUAUUAUUAUUAUUGUUUAUUACCAAGCACCUUGUCACUUUUUUGUAUACUAUACUACAUGUUUUGUUUAUCUUCUGUGCUGCUCAAAUGAACUGCCCCUGGUGGAAUUAAUA